UCCUCUCUCCUCCGUCUCUUCCCCUCUUAAACCCACGGAAAAUUCCAAAACUCGCGCAACCUUUUUUUCCCUCGUCGCUCUCGCCGCCGCCCCCCGCAAUCCAAACGCCGACGAAGCCGACAUGCGCCGCCCGCGCCGCGCCGCCGCCGGCUGCGGCUGCGGCCGCCGCCUCCGGCCGCUGCUCAUGCUCCUCCCCUUCGCCGCGCUCCUCUCCGUCGCCACCUUCUCGCUCCACUCCCCGGUCGGCCUCGUCGUGCCCGCCGCGGUCACCGUCGCCACAUCCACCGACACCGACACCGACACCGCGUCGUCCCACCACCACCACCACGGGCUCGUCGGCGACGCCGUCUCGGGGAUCGACAUCCGGGCGCUCAACGCGACGCCGCCGCUCCACGCCGCGGCCGUCCGAGCGUUCCGCUCAGGGGGCCGCCUCCUCCGCGAGGCCUUCCUCCCCGGCGCCGCGCCGCCGCCCGCGGUUGGCGGCGGUCCCGACCCUUCGCCGCCGCGGUGCCCGCCUUUCGUGGCGUUGUCCGGCGCGGAGCUCCGUGGCGCGGGGGAUGCCCUCGCGCUGCCCUGCGGCCUCGGGCUGGGGUCGCACGUCACGGUGGUGGGCUCGCCGCGGCGGGUCGCCGCGAACGCCGUGGCGCAGUUCGCCGUCGAGGUGCGGGGCGGAGGGGACGGGGACGGGGACGAGGCGGCCAGGAUCCUCCAUUUCAACCCGCGCCUCCGUGGGGACUGGAGCGGCCGGCCGGUGAUCGAGCAGAACACCCGAUUCCGCGGCCAGUGGGGACCCGCGCUCCGGUGCGAGGGCUGGCGGUCGCGCCCCGACGAGGAGACUGUUGAUGGAUUGGUGAAAUGUGAGCAAUGGGGUGGAAACUAUGGCAGCAAACUCAAUGAGUUGAAGAAAAUGUGGUUUCUUAACCGUGUUGCUGGACAGAGGAACAGAGGUUCAAUGGAUUGGCCAUACCCUUUUGUAGAGGACGAAUUGUUUGUUCUAACACUAAGCACUGGUUUAGAAGGCUACCAUGUUCAAGUCGAUGGGAGGCAUGUCGCUUCUUUUCCUUACCGUGUUGGUUAUAGCCUUGAGGAUGCUGCUAUCUUGUCAGUGAAUGGCGAUGUUGACAUUCAAUCAAUAGUUGCUGGUUCAUUACCUAUGGCUUAUCCUAGAAAUGCACAGAGAAAUUUGGAGUUGCUUACAGAACUGAAAGCUCCACCUCUGCCUGAAGAACCUAUAGAGUUGUUCAUAGGCAUUCUUUCAGCAGGAAGCCAUUUCACAGAGCGCAUGGCUGUGAGGAGAUCAUGGAUGUCUUCAGUACGAAAUUCAUCUGGUGCCAUGGCUCGAUUUUUUGUUGCCUUGAAUGGAAGAAAAAAAGUUAAUGAAGAUUUGAAGAAAGAAGCAAAUUUCUUUGGAGACAUUGUCAUUGUGCCUUUUGCAGAUAGUUAUGAUCUGGUUGUUCUGAAGACUGUUGCCAUUUGCGAAUAUGCGACACGUGUCAUUUCCGCCAAGUAUAUCAUGAAGUGCGAUGAUGAUACAUUUGUCAGACUUGAUUCAGUGAUGGCUGACGUUAGGAAAAUCCCAUAUGGUAAAAGCUUCUAUCUUGGGAACAUUAACUACUACCAUCGACCACUGAGAGAAGGAAAAUGGGCAGUCUCAUUUGAGGAGUGGCCCAGAGAAGCGUACCCGCCCUAUGCCAAUGGUCCUGGCUACAUUGUUUCUUCUGACAUUGCAAACUUCGUCGUGUCUGAAAUGGAGAAGGGCAGACUAAAUCUGUUCAAGAUGGAGGAUGUGAGCAUGGGCAUGUGGGUGGGGCAGUUCGUCGACACGGUGAAGGCCGUGGACUAUAUCCACAGCCUCCGGUUCUGCCAGUUCGGCUGCGUCGACGACUACCUCACCGCGCACUACCAGUCACCGGGGCAGAUGGCCUGCCUUUGGGACAAGCUGGCACAAGGAAGGCCGCAGUGCUGCAACCCAAGAUGACACAGAGCUAGGGAGAUACUGUAAGUUAAAAUCUCCAGGAAACCUGAUAAGUUUACUCUUGCCACGAAAUCACAUGUAUGCAUAGUCGUAUAGAGUUCUUUUUCCUCUUUCGAGAAGUAUAUAGGAGGGAUAUAUAUACCCAUAUAGAAGUAGUGAAUACAUAUCCAUCUUUCACUAAAAAAAAUACAUAUUAUCAGGUUAUAUGUAACUUAUACUCAAUAACCUACUUGGCAGUCAAUACCAUAUGGUCACAUUUCUGAUUUCUCUGGCA